AUGGACUGUUCUCCAUCAAGGCUAGAAGUGCUUGUUUCUAAUGAAGAGGUCGAAUUUGACGCUGACAUCGCUGGACCAGGAGUACUAGCUGCUUUCCUUAUCACGUCGUUGAUAGCAUUAGCUACUCUGAUUCUAGCCUUUCUUACAAUCUCAGUACCUGCGAGGCUUCUAAACUCCGGAGACGCCGUGAUCGCUUCUGGGGCGCGUCGUACUUACCACCGAUUGAGGGCUAAGUUCCCUAAGACUAAACGCACCAAGGUUGUCCAAAGCAGAAGCGAGCGGACUCAUGCCUUCAUGGCCUUCAUGAUUGCUAUAAGCGACCAGAUACUUGUCUCUCAGGCCUCCAUUCUAAUCGCAGCUCUCAUUAUUCACGACGAAAUCACCAUUUAUUCCAGCAACAUUGUGAUCGCUCUAGGUUGUCUCGCGUCGACAGUUCAUUUGGGGAGUUUUCCAUUCUAUAUGGACCGUAUUAAAGACCAUAGCACCGCCAAGCUUAUUAGGGUCCUUGCUAUGAUCACCGGCUCGGGGAUGCUUGUCUUCCUGCUCGUUGUCCAACUAUCGUACACCUGGGAUAUGGAGACCCACGUCUACUUUACUUGCACGUUUCAGGACUAUCGGAUGAAUGACGACAUGGGAGGGGCAGAUUACAUCAGUAUCAUCGAGCAGAUGUUUGUUCCAUUAACAGUGCUUUAUGGCACGUAUGAGAUUGUUCAGCUUCUGCAUCACAAUGAGCCAGCAGAUGACAAGUCAAAGGAACCUGGCUCCGGGGGUCUGUCCCCUAUUACACGACGGAAUCGAUCAAACCUCGAUGAUCAGCAGUUCCCAGACAAUGGGGGUAUUGAACUUCAAAGGCUUUCCAGAUUAGAAGACCAAACUAAUCCAGAGAACCGUCGGCGGCCUAGCGAUAUGGAAGUUGAAAGCCAGGCGAUUGUCUCCAUUUUGCAGCUAAUCUCGGGUAGCAACAUAGAGAUGGCGACAAACAACGAGACUAACUAUCAACAUCAACGAUCCAUUCUAUGGAAGCCGAGGGGCGCAAAGAUCAAAUUCAAAGAGCUAUCGAAGGAGAUCAAAGAGUCCAACCGAGAGCAGCUCUUGAACAAGUGGCUGAAGCUAAAAGCUCUCACGAUCUUAACCUCGAAACCGGUAUCGCCGAGAAAGCUUAGACUCAUUGUCACAUUGAUACCUGAAGCAUGGGCAUUCCACCAGUGUCGGGGGUCCUUCGCCUGGAGAUUAUUCUGGCUUUGGUCAGGCAAUGUCUACGGGAUUGUAACCAUUUUUACCUCGCGCGCUGUGACAACAGGCAUGUCAGGCAAUCCCAACAAGAUGGGAUUCGGCCAGGUUGUGCCUCUAACUCUGCUGGCUCUCCCGAUAUUUGCAGCUUUGGAAGCCCACGCCGACUAUAAGCAGAAACUCAAGUCAAUUGAGAAAGCUCACCUUGAUCAGGCGAAUCUCGAAAUACCUGUUACUGGGAGCGCGCGGCCUCAACCGAGAAGUCAAUAUCUUGCGCAGAGACAAAAUCUGCCCCAGGAGACAGACAUCGCACGUAUAAGGAUCGUACAAGACGUCCUCAAAAAGCGUGCUAAAGAUAUUGGAUACCCGGAGCUUUAUAAUUGGGUGAUAGGAGACAAUUUGACCAGCGCACCGAGUCUCCAAAAGGGAGUUGCGGUUCAUACCGCAGUCAUGUUUACCAUUGCAACUUUACUCGGAUUUUCGAUGGCCUAUGGCAUAGCAAACAUCAAUAUUACAUUGAUUGUAUUUCUGUUUGUUCUUGCCGCUCGUAGGCUCAUAGGUCUCAGUUUGGUUGGAUUGGAUAUGAGAUCAUGCCCCAUGAUCCUCGACCAUCUUGGUUGCAUUGGUCAUUUAACUGUACAACAAUCUGGAAGCCAGGGUGAAAGUAUGGCAGCAGCGUAG